AUGACUACGAGAAACUUAGUGGAGCCUUCGUGGCGUCUCCUCGCAGCAAGCGGCGGAGACACGGUCAAGCUCUUCGACGUCUCCGCCGGCGCCGAGUCUUGCGAUGAUCCCUGCGUUCUGAGCUACACUCCGACGCCUCGCUCCGUCGUCAAUUCCGUGAAAUGGAACCAUACGAAUAUGGUUGUAGCGAGUGUGGGAGAAGAUAAGAAGAUUUCUCUAUGGCAGAAAAAUGGGAAGACCUUAGGAACUGUUCCGGUUACUGGGAAGAACAGCAACGAUAUCAACGAGGAAUGUUUAUCAGCUAUUAGCUUCAGCAACAAGGGGUCUAGGUAUAUAUGUACUGGAGGAACUGGUCAAACUGUAAGGAUAUGGGAUCUGCAGAGAAAGCUUUGUAUCAAAAAUCUGAAGGGUCAUACAAGUACUAUAACGGGUGUUAUGUACAAUUGCAAAGACGAACAUGUGGCUUCUAUCAGUGUUGGUGGGGAUCUGAUAGUCCACAACCUUACAUCUGGAGCAAGAGCUUCUGAACUCAAAGAUCCAUACGGGCAGAUAUUGAAGGUUCUCGAUUAUUCAAGGUUUAGUCGACACCUUCUGCUUACUGCAGGUGAUGAUGGGACUGUGCAUCUCUGGGACACGACUGGUCGUAACCCAAAGGUAUCCUGGUUGAAGCAGCAUUCUGCACCAACUGCUGGUGUUUGUUUCUCUCCAUCGAAUGACAAGAUUAUUGCUAGUGUGGGGCUAGACAAAAAGCUUUACACUUAUGACUCUGGUACCAGAAGACCUUCGUCAUGCAUUACAUAUGAAUCACCUUUCUCUUCUUUGGCGUUUGGGGAUAAUGGCCACAUACUGGCAGCUGGAACGGGUAACGGUAGAAUAGUAUUCUACGACGUACGUGGAAAGCCGCAACCUAUCACUGUCCUGCACGCGUACAGCAGUUCAGAGGCUGUUACAAGUUUAUCCUGGCAAACAUCAAAACCAGUUAUUGUGAAUGAAAGAAACUGCACGCCCGAGAUGGCUCUUUUUGGUGGUACUGUGGAAGAUUCAGUUGUCAUUCCAGACCCCUCCCCUGCAACAUCUUUAGCUUCACAAUCCACGGUGUUGCCAGGUUCUCAUGGAGUUGCCACUAGUACGUUAAAUCUAUCAUCAGCAGAAGAAACGCCGAAAAGAAACCAUCUAUGGCCUGGUGGACCACUGAUCAGGCUACAAGCACACCGUGCCAGUGAUAGUUCUAAAGAUGACAUGGACAUAUUUUCCCCUGUCGUUGGCGUACAAUCUGUUGAGAAAUGGUCUGAUACCGAAGGAUUGAAAAGGGAUCAUUUGGUUCUUGAUAAGAAGACUUCCUCCUUAACAUUUCCUUCAUCAAGCAAAGGAGGAUUUCCGUUUAGGGAUGACGGAAACAAAGAACACCCAGUAAAUGACUGGAAGCUGAGUUCUACUUCUACACAGGAUGACACAAGGGCUGCCUUUUCUCCUUUUGGAUCCACGCCCACAGCGUUAUCGAAAAGCGAAUUCUCUGCUCUGACACCUCCAGAAGCCUGGGGUGGCGAGAAGUUUAGUCACUUAGCUGCUAAUGACAAAUUUUCUGAAAAAUUCAGUCACUUGAAUCCGCCUUUGCGUCUCGGAGUCUCCAGCUCAAGCACUAGUACAUCUGGAUCAUUGUAUUCUGGUUCUAGAGAUUUCCCUUUGUCGCUUGGUCAGAAUCAGACUAGCCAUGCAAACGUUAGCAUCAGCUCAGAGUUCCCUGGCGUAAGAGACUUCAACUCAAAAUUCGAGAAAUCAUCAACGCUUGCAGACAAUUUCCCAUCCAGCCCAUUGUUAGCCAAAGGCAUAGCAUCUCAGGGAAUCAUUGAUUCGUUGAGGCUGUCACCAAGUUAUACUCGUAGGUUGUCAACUUAUGCUGAGAGAAUCGGCACCACUUCUUCCUUCAGCGAUGGAGCCUCUCUCUCUCCUAAGAUAAAGAAAACAGGAGCCGAGACCAGAGAAGAAGUUCUGAAUAAUCUGUUGCACAGACCUGAGAAACUGGCUGCAGCUGAUGCAGGAGUUCUUCCGGUUAUUAAUGGAGGAGGAAGCUUGCAACAACAGUCGAAGCAACCUGAAAACAACUUCACGCUUCAGCUAUUUCAAAGAACACUUGAAGGAACACUCGAUAACUUGAAGAACUCAGUCCACGACGAUAUGAGGAACCUGCACAUAGAGAUAUUGAGGCAAUUCCACAUGCAUGAGAUGGAGAUGUCGACGACGUUAAACUCGGUUCUGGAGAACCAAGCAGAGCUCAUGAAAGAGGUUAAAAUGUUAAGGAAAGAGAACCAACAACUUCGCCAAAUGCUAUAGAGAGCGAAAAAGGAAUGAGAGGUAGUAUUUGACCAAAAUGAGAGGUAGUAUAUGAGUGCGACCAUUUAAGCUUUAAUGUAUUCGAAUGUUUUGUGUAGAAAAUGCAUUUACUGGGGAGAAAAAACAAAUUAAAUGAUAUUACUAUUUCACUGUUUUCAACUAAACUGUUACAUCCUAGUUUGUAAAUCUGUAGUAAACAUCUUAUUGCUAAGUGCCAACUGUGGACAACUGUAUCCACAGAAUAUAACUC